AUGAAUAGUAAUAUUAAAAUUGUCCGUUCUCUGGUGCAAGAACUGCGUCGAGUUUCACAGACUAAAAAUACGAAAGAGAACGCAAUGUUACAUUAUGUCAUGGAACAAGCACAUGCCCAUAAAGAAACUUCCGAAGUUUUAUGUAAAGCACGAGAAGAAUUAAAGAAUUUAGCAGAGAUGUAUCUUUGCUACUUGAAGUCUCAGCAAGCAUGUAAGGAUAUUCAUAAACAAUACGCUGGUAAAGGUGAACGUAGCAUAAAGGAAACUGCGGAUCUCGUAGGUUUUAAAUUACCUCAUGAUCCAAAAUGA